AUGCGAACAGCGAUUGCGCUGAUAUCAUGCGUUAUCGUUAUCUUUAUCCUUCUCAGUACCGAGAAACAGACAUCACAAAAUGCCAAUGCAACUGGAACUGCGACAAAAGAUGUGUCAAGUCGUAGAAGUUGGCUUAAUAAUGAAACGAUGAGAAGUCACACAGCUGAAUCACCAUCACCAUCGGGCAAUGGGCGACGGAAGCCAUCCAUGGACCAAGAUACAUCAUCCGAUAUAAGAUCAAGAUCUUUUACUACUACUCGAACUCCAACCACAUCAGCUUCCUUAUUAAGCCAACCCUUCCAAAUAUUUCAGCUGGGAGAUCCUAGGUCCGCUUCGACCUUUCAAUUCGAGUUGUUGUGCAGCAUUGUGACUUGGAAGAUGCUACCAAUAACCUCCAAAGAAAUUCCCUGUCGGUUCAUCAAACGCACUCAAAUGAGAGGUAAUAGGUUUCAACGUCGUCUCCGGGAAAAGGUUGCAAACAACGAGACCUUUGUGUUCAAGGCGCACAAUGAUCCUGGUGUCAUCAGAGAACUCGUCAAGAGUACUCAUCUGGUUGUAUUUUCAUCUGGCGGAGUUGGAUCGUCCUUUGCCAUUUACACACAACAGUAUAACCGACUUCAGCGCUGUCCAGAAUGCGAAGUGGAUCAAUAUCAACCCCUCUUUCAGUUAUCUGACACUGAAGUUUCCCAAAUCAAAGAGCACAUGAAGAUCUUUGGAAUCAUUCGUCAAUGCUGUGGUUUGCAAAUGAGUCAAUAUGAAAUGCAGCGCCUACAUGGGUGUGAUAUGACCAAGUACUUGGAUCGGUCUUCCUAUCCAAACUGCGAACAGCACUCUGCAGAUGAAAUGCGAGCCAUGGAAGAUGCCUUUGCGGCCAGUCCAAUUCCAUUUCGUGUGUCGUCGCCCGAGUACAAUUGGGCCAAACCAGGAGACUGCGCUAGAUUCAGGGGUGAGAUUGUUGUCAAUGGAAAAGGUUUCAAUGGAAAGGUAUUUCUUGGCUGUGAAGACAUUCCUUAG